GUGGCACCGGCCAAGUGCCAAGACCAGAAGGCCCAUGACCGCCAGCCAGAAGACACACUCGGGCCGCCGAGGACCGCGCUUGACGACGCCCGAAGGCGUCAACGUCUGUCUCUUCUGCCGUAACCCCAAGCGCCACAAGCCCUUCUGCCCGCAGCAACCCCGACCGCAGCGGCAGAGCAUCUACGCUGAAUCGCCACCGCGCGCGCGGCCCGCGCCAUGGGAGCCAGCACUUGCGCCGCACGAUCCGUUCAACGUCGUCGAUGUACGCCCGCCCCGCCGCCCUCGCGCAUCGGCAAAUGACGAACUGGCCAGCACCGACGGCGUGACCGACGACAUGGCCAGUCCGGCGCCGCCCAUGGCCGUUGCCGCCAUCACGCCCGAGACCACAUUGCCCGAGACCACGGUCGCGCUCGCACCGCCCGCGCUCUCGCUACAGCAGCGUGCUACUGCAUCGAGCUUUGUCGCGCGGAUCUGGGCCGAGCGCGAAGCAACCUUGCCGCGCCUGUACUGUCUGCGGCCGCGUGGCGGUCUCGACCAUCUGCGGUGGCCCAGCUGGAAGUACACGAUGCCGGACCCGCUCUUGAUCCACCCGACGCGGUCGUCGGACCCCGACGUAUCGCAGUUUGGCGGCACGGACGUGCUCGUGUGGUGUCCGUUUACGUUCUUCCCGCACAUCAUCGACCUCACGACCUUGAGCUGCCCGGCGUGCGGCGCCACCGGCUGCAUCUCGUCGGACGGGUGGUCGAAAGACUUUGCAUCGGUCAUCGCCAACGAUGGCCAGCGCGCGCUCCUACGAAGCCGACGCCUCCGCCACAUCAAGUGCCCGCGCGCCAAGACGGACACGUGCUUCUCGAGCCUCGACGAGCACCUUUUAGCGCACUGGUACCCCGACGUGUUGCUGCGGCUUUUGCCGACGCAGACAUGGGGCGACCACGAGGUCGGCGCAGCGCCGACAACCGAGCUGCUGCCACCGACGACGGUCGCUAUCGACGCCACUGUCGGGGCGCCGCCAGAGGCAGUGACCAAGCGACCACGCGAGCUGCUGCCGUGCCCCCACUGUGGCAAUGCGACUCGCUUCCAUCGCUCGGCCGAGUCCAAGUCGUGUGAGCUCUACCAGUUUUACAAGGAGCACAAGUUUUCAAAGAACGGCUUUGAGAAGGCCAUCGUGGCCUUCCGGCAGCGCCCGGUUCACGUGUAAUGCGUCAUCUCGUCGGUAGUAUAUGUAGUCGUAUUACCA